AGUCCUCUCAUGGCAUAUCCUAUCUGCAGUGAUCUUGCACUGCAUUGUCUUCUUUGUAAAACAGAGAUCCAUCAUGGCAUGCUUAAGGCUGUGAAGCCCACAGUAAUAUUUACAUCAGUCAAUGGGAAGAGCAUCAUGGAGGUGUGUAUAUUCUUCCUUCAGCUGAUGAUACUUCUUCCAGGUAUCGCUGCCAGUGUGCAUCAGGUGAAGUCAUUUCUCAAUCACACCGCAUACCUAUCCUGCUAUUUUCCAAACUCCCAGAAAACUGACAUCAAGGACUUAAGAGUUUUUUGGCAAAAAGGUGCCGUUGAGGUGGUGCACGAAGUAUCCUAUGGCCAGGAAAAACAUGAGAACCUUAGUCCUAAAUAUGUAAAUCGCACCAAGAUGGACAUGGACAGAUGGACCUUGCAAUUGCUAAACGCAGGGAUUGUAGAUGAAGGACGAUAUACAUGUAUUAUACAGCACAGAGAGAAAGGAUUGCCAAAGGUCAUACACACAUCUGAGUGCUCACUACACAUCAUUGCCAACUAUAGUCAACCUGAGAUAGCACAGCUGCAUACUGGGGAACUAAAGCCCAACAAAUACUUGAAUCUUUCCUGCUCUUCCAGCGGGGGCUAUCCAGAGCCCAGGCAGAUGAUUUGGCUAAUAUCGCAAGAAAAUACAACAUACAGAGUUAUACGGCACAUGGAUUUGUCACAGGAUGCUGUAACAAAGCUGUACAAUGUUACCAGCAAGCUGAAUAUCACAGUUCCUACAAACACCCUCACUAAUAUUAGCUGCUUGCUUCACCUUGGAGAGCACCUGGGGAGCCUUGUCUCAGUGCCACUAGGCAUAGAGAUACAGGGGGAAGAAAUGGAACAAGUGAAGAUAAAUUUCUUUGGCCCACUUAUAGCUGUGAUUAUAGUGGUCAUACUUCUUCUGGGUUUUGUGAUAUUGAGGAAGAAGAUAAAUAUCUCAUCUACCCGACCAGGUGUCAGCCUAGCAGUCUAGAAGCUAUCCAACUGUGAACUGAGGCCAACCACCAGACUGCUAACUGGGAAAUGUCUCUGCACUUAGCAAGGCCUGGGAUCCCGUAUUUUCAGAUACUCUGUCCAGUGCCAGAACAAGACUCCUCUUCAGGUAUUAGAACAACAUGCAACAUUUUUGUCUGAUGGCUGAAAUCCACUCUACAGUGUGCCCUGCUUUGGUUUUGCUACAGAAUACGCAAAUUGGUAGCAAAUAUGGUGUUCUGCCUGUCUGCAUGACUUUCUUUUAUCCUUUUGCAACACUCUGCUGAUCCACACAAAAGAUAACAAGCACAUUACGCCACAGCAGCCGCUUGGUUUGGCUGGCAAUGCCCCUUGCACAAAGGAUUUAAUGGGCUCUUUGGUCAAACAAUUGCCAAUGCCCACCUCAGUCUUCUGCGUUACUCAUUGACCAGCACCUGAACAUUCCUGGCUCCUGGUGCAGUUAUUCCAUCUGCACUCCUGCCAACUCUUGGGUAGACCACCUUGGAGAUUUUGGACCCAGUGGUUUGUUUCAUUGCCAUGGGGACUAACGUGUUUUUUGCCUUCUCCUAUGAUUCCACUCAGAAAUGAAGAGUUCUUCAUUUCUUAACUUAGGGAACCUAUUAAAUCUAGAGAGAAGAGGUGAAGUCUAGCAAAACCUUGCGAUCCACAUCCCACAAGAAAAGAAAACUUUCUCCAGACACAGAAAGAUACAAAGGCACAGUAUAUUUAGCAACUGGACAGGAAGGAAGAUGAUGAUGUCCGAAAGGCAGAAAUCUUAGCACUUUGUCAAGGGUAACAAAUACCAGAGAGGUGCAGCAGGCAGCUGCUCCAACUAGCAUGUGGACAAAAUCUCCUCUUUUCCUUUUUGCUGGAACUCCUUCACAGACUUGACAGGACCACAGAAGACUUUGCUAUAUAUUAACCAGCCCUAUUCAACGUUGUGAUCACCUGAUAUGGUCUCCUUCUUCACCUGAAGGACACCAGCAGUGAGUAUCACUAGCUAAGUGUCAGUAUUUUGAGGGCAGGAGCUUUGGAAAAUCCAGAGACUGCAUAAGGAGAAGCCGUUUAAAAAUCAAAGCAUCCCCCAAGCCAGUGCAGUUCUUCAGAUGGAUGGCUUGGUUUGAUCCUUGUGACUUUUUGCUGUAUCUUUAAUUAUGCACGGUGAUAUUGUAAAAUCUUGACUGUAAGACCUGAUGAAGAAAGCAGAGCUUUGUGGGAUACAGAAAGGAAUAUCUCAGAAAGAAUUAGGCCACAGUCUUCUGAAUCAUAACCUUCACUGGAAAUAUGAUCAGAAGUAAGCUCUUAGUCAUGAGCCAUAAACACUUUUGGCAGAGCCAGAGUGGCUUCGUGGCACUAACUUUCUUGCACAGCUCCACGGUAGAAAGAAGAACAUCAGGGCCCCUCCCUACCUUCUGAGAAAGGUUGUGCACUUCCUAUCAGGCAUUUGAAAUGAUACAUCAGCUGAUUCAAAGACUUUCUUUGAAUAUAAUUUCUAGUUAUUUUAACUUUUUUUUUUUUUACCAUCCAACUUAAUAUGGCAGAUAGUGAGUACGGUACCUCCCCACUUUGUUCCUCUGUAUUCUGACCAAGUUGUUCAGAUGGAUACAGGGACAGGAAAUGAAAGCAUGAGGGAUCACUUGUAUGUAUGUAAGCCUAAACAAACAAAAUGAAGUUAAGUAAAUAUUGAAAAAAUAUUAUAGAAGUAGGCCAUGUUCCAGUUUGGUUGGCUACAUUCUCCAUUUCUUAAUUUUGCUUCAAUGUUUGAAGAUAAAGCAAUCCCUACACUAUAGUAAUCUCAACUACAGGAUAUAGUUAUACCCUUCAGAAUAGAUUCUCUGUUUUACUAAAAAUGUGCCAGUUUUGCAAUCUUGAACAAUCUCUGCACUGUAUCUCCUUCAACACCAGUGACAUCUUUCAGGAGGAAGAAUGCAGCAGAAAUGAGACAAAAAACUUCUGAGGUCUUGUUUUCCUUUGUAGGCAUCACGUUUGCAACAAGAGCAGGGACUUGUUCCCAGGACAAGGGACAUUCUCAUGACACAAAGACUCAUUCUCAUGACAUGAUUCUCACAUUCUCAAGACAAGUUUCAGCUCAGAGUUUCAUUUGGAGGAGAUAAAUCCUCUACAGUUUCUACUUGGUAUAAAUAUUUUCUCUUAAAUGAUGAUGUGAGUUGCUAGAUGCUAUCUCAAAUUUUACUCCACUUUCAUGGUGGUUGAGAAAAUCUGCAUGUCCUUUUGAGUGAGUAAAACAAUUUGGGAGUCAGUUUAUUAAGCUAUUACACUAACAUUCCAAAUAUUUUCAUUCAGAUUAAUAUCAUUCAAAUUUUA